GUGUGGUGGAGUUAUUAAAGUAUUGUGUGUACCCUAUGAUGCAAAAAAGUGCUAUUAUAUAAGUGGUAUUUACAAUGAAGCAUACAAAUCUGGUGCAAAGGGUUUACUUGUUCUCAAGAUCAAGAAGAAUGGGGACAUCGAGGGAUUUUCUGACUUAGUAUCAAGUAUGGAUCAUGCAACUACAGAGAAAUUGUUAAGGCGAUGCUUUGCGAGACAAAGUGAUCUGAUUUUAUUUCAAGCUGGUCACCAUGCAUCUGUAAAUAAAACUCUAGGUCAUCUUAGAGUUUAUGUGGGACAUGAAUUAGGUUUGAUCGACCAUGCCAGACAUUCAAUUUUGUGGAUUACCGACUUUCCAAUGUUUGAGUGGAAUGAUUCAAAGAAGAGGCUUGAGGCUUUUCAUCAUCCUUUCACUGCACCAAAUCCUGAAGACAUGAACAACCUUGCAUCGGCUCGUGCAUUGGCUUAUGACAUGGUUUACAAUGAGGUGAAGAUUGGUGGGGGGAGUUUGAGAAUUUAUAAACGCGACAUACAACAAAAGGUUUUUGAGACUCUAGGCAUCUCAAUGGAGCAGGCUGAAGCGAAGUAUGGAUAUCUUCUUGAAGCUCUUGACAUGGGGGCUCCGCCACAUGGAGGCAUAGCUUUUGGUCUGGACAGAUUGGUUAUGAUGCUAGCUGGUGCUAAUUCAAUCAGGGAUGUCAUUGCUUUCCCAAAAACAACAACUGCACAGUGUGCCCUCACGAGAUCGCCUUCCGAGGUGGAUCCCCAACAGCUGAGAGAUCUUUCAAUCACUGCAUAGAUAGGCAUUUAACUCUUCAUAGUU